AUGUAUGAUUAUCUCGCGAAGAUUGUACUCCUAGGACCCAGUGGCGCAGGCAAGGACUGGACCAUCGGUGUCGAAUUCUCCACCAAGAUCGUCCACAUCGCCGACCGCAAAGCGAACUCCUCGAACCGCAAGCGCAUAAAACUUCAGCUGUGGGACACAGCCGGUACAGAACGCUUCCGCUCAGUAUCACGGUCCUACUACCGUGGUGCGGCUGGUGCCAUACUCGUAUACGACGUGAGCAGCUGGCGAAGCUUCGAGCAACUACAAACGUUCCUGAACGAUGCGCGGGCGCUUGCAGGACCAGACAUCACAAUCAUACUGGCAGGCAACAAGGCCGACGUCAUAGAUGGACAACCGCCUGCAAGCUCCGACCGAGAUUACUUUGGCAGCUAUGGCAGCACACCAUCCUCAGAAAGCGGUCUACCACCACCGACACCAUCCUCGCAAUCAAGUCGCGCACACUCACUCAACGCAAACCUCCAUUCGUCAUAUACUGUUGCGCCAGAUGGCCGCGAAGUACCAACAGAAACAGCGUCCCAAUGGGCUGGUUCAAAUGGCAUUCCCGUAGCGGUCGAGGUCUCGGCCCUCGACGGAGAAAACGUGGAAGAGCUGUUCAACAGACUAGCGCGGAUGAUCCUGACAAAGAUCGAGCUAGGCGAGAUCGAUCCGGACGACCCAGCGAGCGGGAUCCAGUAUGGCGAUCUGGGGUGGGAUGACGGCACGGGAAGUAUCAAAAGUGGGUUUGGCGAUGAGGGUGUAAGGUACCGGAAGAGGGGGAAGAAAGGUGGAGGUGCCUUGGGCGACUGGCAGGAAGUGUUCACGUUGAGUGGUGGCAGGAGAAGAGGCGGAUGUUGCUGAAUUGGUGUGAAUAUUGCAAUGAUUCCAUAUUCGGCUCGUUGUUACGAGAGCUAUAUUCUAAUACAUUUUGUAAUAAGACUUCC